AUGCUAGCUAUUGUGGAUAACGCUCUGCGUUUGGUUAAUUUUGCCUUUUUGGUCAUCUUGCUUGGGCUCGUCGGUGAGCUUAUCAGUUCUGAAGAUGGCCAUAGUUCGCGUGUAAACUUCUGUAUGUUUGCAGCAGCUUUUGGUAUUGUUACAGACUCAUUCUAUGGUAUUUUGGCCAACAUUUGGGAAGUGUUUGCUUGGCCAGUGAUUUUGUUUGCUUUAGAUUUUUUGAAUUUUGCUUUCACUUUCUCGGCAGCAACUGCAUUGGCGGUUGGUAUCCGUACUCAUUCCUGUAAGAACCAAGAUUAUUUGGAUUCCAACAACAUCACUCAAGGUUCUACUCAACGUUGUCGUUUGGCACAGGCUUCUGUUGCGUUCUUUUACUUUUCUUUCUUCAUCUUUUUGGCAAAGAUGAUCAUGUCAUUGAUUGGAAUAAUUACUAAUGGUCCAUUCUCGUCUAGGACUACUCUAACUUCUCGCAGAAGAAAGAGUGCUCAAGUUGGUGUUCCUACGAUCUCCCAGGUUUGA